CCCGCCCCGUCCACCGCCAUUGGGUGCCCGGGCAGGGGGCGUGGCUUACCUGCACAAUAAGAUCACAUGACCGAUCACGUGAAAGAGAAAGCGCUGCAAGAUGUCGGCGAAUGAACAGCCCUCCAUGUCGCUGGGAAAUGAGACCCUCAGGGUUCCCAUGGCCCUGUUUGCCUUGAAUAGGCAACGGCUGUGUGAAAGACUGCGCAAGAAUGCUGCGGUGCCGAAGAAGUCAGUAAUGCUGCUGCAGGGUGGAGAGCAGGCGCAGCGUUACUGCACUGAUACCGACGUCGUUUUCCGUCAGGAAUCCUACUUCCACUGGACGUUCGGAGUGAUGGAAUCUGACUGCUGCGGUGCCGUGGAUGUUGCUACCGGCAAGUCCCUGCUUUUCGUGCCCAAACUCCCCGAGAGCUAUGCAGUGUGGAUGGGAACGAUUCACUCCCGUGACCACUUCAAAAAGAAGUAUGCUGUGGAUGAUGUUCACUUCAAUUGCGAUAUUGCAGAGGUGCUGAAGAAGCUGCAACCUGAUGUGCUGCUCACCUUGCGCGGCCUCAACACUGACAGUGGGAACAUCACUCGAGAAGCCUCCUUCGACGGUAUCAGCCAGUUUAAUGUGAAUAAUGUCUUGCUGCAUCCAGAGAUUGCGGAAUGCCGUGUGUUAAAGACAGACAUGGAGCUGGAGCUUGUACGCUACACCAACCGCAUCUCCAGCGAGGCCCACAAGGAGGUGAUGAAGGCAGUACGAGUGGGAAUGAAGGAAUACGAGCUGGAAAGCCUGUUCCAGCACUACUGCUACACUCGAGGAGGAAUGCGCCACACGUCCUACACCUGCAUCUGUGGCAGUGGGGUGAACUCCUCUGUCCUGCACUAUGGACAUGCUGGCUCUCCGAACAACAGGACCGUCCGCGAUGGAGACAUGUGCCUCUUCGACAUGGGUGGCGAAUACUACUGCUAUGGCUCGGACAUCACCUGCUCAUUUCCAGCCAACGGCAGGUUCACACCUGACCAGCGAGAUGUUUAUAAAGCCGUCCUGAAAGCUUCGCGGGCAGUGAUGAGCGCAAUUAGACCAGGGGUGGCGUGGCCAGACAUGCAUCGGUUGGCUGAGCGAGUGCAGCUGGAGGAGCUGGCGAGGAUCGGCAUUCUGCAGGGCAGCGUGGAUGAGAUGAUGAAGGUUCAUCUGGGAGCAGUGUUCAUGCCUCACGGACUGGGCCAUCUCCUGGGCUGUGACGUGCACGAUGUUGGCGGAUACCCAGAGGGUGUGGAGCGAAUUGAUGAGCCCGGGCUCCGCAGCCUCCGGACUGCGCGCCACCUGCUGGCGGGCAUGGUGCUGACCAUUGAGCCGGGUAUCUACUUCAUCGACCACGUGUUGGACCAAGCUCUGUCCGACCCGGCCCAAGCCUGCUUCAUCAAGGCUGACAUCCUGACCCGCUUCCGUGGCUUUGGAGGGGUACGUAUUGAGGAUGACAUUGUGGUUACCCCCACGGGGAUGGAGCUGCUGACAUGCGUUCCCCGCACCGUGGAGGAGAUCGAGGCCUUCAUGGCCCAGGGCACCAGCUGCAGCAAGCAGUUUGGCCAGCAGCCCAGUCAGACCGCCUGAAGACCAGAAACUCUUGGACUGCAAUCAUCACCAGGGCUGGGCCUGGCUGCAUAGCUUUCAAUCCAAUCCAAUCAGAGUCUACAAUCAAGCUUUGUGCUCACAAAUUUCUCACCAAUCACUGAGCUGCAGGAGAGGCACAGGUCCUGCUGCAGCCAACACCAGACCUGCAGUCCCAUCAUCUGCCAGCACCACACGCGCAGUCCCACCGGCACCACACCACACGCGCAGUCCCACCGGCACCACACGCGCAGUCCCACCGGCACCACACGCGCAGUCCCACCACCACACGCGCAGUCCCACCACCGCUCCUUGGGGUGAGGGGUAGAGGUUACUGGGGAUGUGUCUCACUGCCAGGGGCGAGGUGUACACCCGUCUCACAGCUGUUGCUGGAAGGGAGGGGGGAUUUUCUGGAACUAGGGACGUUUGAUCCAGGGACAUGCGGGGAUUAUGAACGCUGCCUUUGCCUCAGUCUGCUGAAAUUAACCGAUGCCAAUUAACUGAGUCCGUUCUUGCCUUUUAGAACUUUGCAAAUUAAAGAAGCCAUGAUUGCUACA